AUGAUUGGAAGCAUCGAUUGUAUGCACUGGCAGUGGAAGAACUAUCCUACUGCUUGGCAAGUGGAGUACGGGAAUCGGAAGGGCCAAAAAAGUAUAAUUUUGGAGGCCGUAGCUUCAUUCGAUUGUUGGGUUUGGCAUGCCUUCUUCGGGGUUGCCGUGUUCAAUGAGGUAUUGCGAGGUCAUUCCCCCCAGGUCACGUACCAAAUCAACAAUACCGUUUACUCUGGUGCGUACUACCUUUCCAACGGAAUUUAUCCUAGGUGGACGACAUUCGUGAAAACAAUUCUGAAUCCCCAAUCCGAGAAGGAAAGAAACUUUGCUUCCUUUCAAGAAGGUUACAGGAAAGACGUGGAGAGGUGUUUCGGUAUCUUGCAAGCUCGUUGGGCAAUUAUUAGAGGUGCUGCUCGGAUGCUAGAUGAGGAGGUGCUGCGGAGUAUUAUGAUGACUUGCAUCAUCCUUCACAACAUGAUUGUGGAGGAUGAGUAUGACUAUGAUGCUGAAGAGGUGUUUGAACCCGAUCCAAUGAACACAUCGUUGACAAGAAUAUAUGAAAGGCCGAUUGGACCAAAUGGACUACCACUGGAGCCCGAACCCAUACUUCGGGAUGGUCAAUUCAACAACCCCAUGAUUGAUCGGUAUCAAGAAAUGCAAUCUUCAUAUGUUCACGAGAUACGUCAACGUGACUUGAUCGAGCACUUGUGGGAGAUGAAAGGCAAUCACAAUGGAUGA